CCCACCGCCGCCACUACGCCAUCAGGCCAGGCUGCCGACGACACACUCCGCGAUAGAUGGAAGUCGGGACAGAAGUGUGGGUGCUCCACGGGCUGCAUUGGCGUCUUGCAGUUGUUGAUGCGUAUGAAGUUGAUGGGGUCGUGGUCACAUGUCGGCUGACAGCGCUCAAAGAAGAUGACGGCGAUGUCGACAGCAUCACAUUCACAGGCAUUUCUGACGUCGCGACCCACGUCCAUGUGUGCAAUCCCCUUGCCCAGCGCCUUGAAGGUGUUGAUGAUUUGACGGCUCUCGUUCACCUGCAUGAACCUGCAAUCCUCCACGCCCUUCAGGUCCGAUUUGCGAAACAGGACAUCUACACAUCAACAGGCACGAUCCUCGUUGCCGUGAAUCCGUUCCAGACCCUGCCACAUCUCUAUGACGACGCCACCGUCCAGCAAUAUAUAAAUCACGGCUAUCGACAAAACGUCCGUGGCGAAAAGCUCGGACCACUGCCGCCACACGUCUUUUCUGUGGCCGACAAAGCAUACCGAGACAUGACGGACCGCGUCAACAAUGACAAUCCGAACCAAAGCAUCCUUGUAAGCGGUGAAUCUGGCGCCGGCAAGACGGAAACCACCAAGAUCCUCAUGACGUACUUGGCAGCGGUGUCGUCAUCGAGUCCCGUGAGCUCGAACGACGACUCCAGCAUCAUUCGCCAACGCGUGCUCGAGUCGAAUCCGAUCCUCGAAGCGUUCGGCAAUGCCAAGACGACGCGAAACAACAACAGCAGUCGGUUUGGCAAGUUCAUUCGACUCGGUUUUGACGCUGCGACGGGAGGUCUCCGCGGCGCGUCCAUCUCAACCUACCUCCUCGAACGCGUGCGGCUCAUCUCGCAAGCCAAGGGCGAGCGCAAUUAUCACAUCUUUUACGAGCUCCUGCGCGGCGCAUCCACCGCCCAUCGGGUCGCAUAUCACCUGGACGCUCCUGUCGACUCGUUCCAGUACUUGAAUCAAAGAGGAUGCUUCGACCGAGCCGACGGCGUCAACGACGCGGACCAGUUUGGCAAAACAAUACACGCCAUGACAACGUUGGGCAUGUCAUCCGACGACCAGGCGUCCGUGCUCCAGCUCGUGGCGGCGGUCCUGCACGUCGGAAACAUCUCCUUUUCAUCGCACCAUCACCCAAACACGCACUCGACGUUUGCAACCAACAAAGCACGCGUUGUUGAAAUCGUGGGCGAGUUGCUCGGGCUGGACAUGGCGGCUAUGGAAACAAGCAUGACGACACGGCGGAUCAAGGCCGGCAUGGACCAUGUCGAGGUCAAGUUGACGGCAGCGCAUGCGGCGGUAGCGCGGGACGUCGUGGCCAAGACCAUCUACUCGCGCGUGUUCGAUUACCUUGUUGAGCGCAUCAACGCCGCCGUGGUCGCGGCGUCCGCCGACCGGUUCAUCGGAGUCGUGGAUAUCUUUGGGUUUGAGAUUUUUGACGUCAACUCGCUCGAACAGCUGUGCAUCAACUACGCCAACGAAAAGCUCCAGCAACUCUUUGCCUCGUUUGUGUUUGGCAUGGAACAAGCACAAUACAUGGCGGAAAACAUCCCAUGGACGUUUGUGACAUUUCCAAACAACGACGAGUGUGUCGCGCUCAUCGAUGGCCGCCCGAUUGGACUGUUUUCGCUCCUGGACGAGCAAUGCGUCGUCCCCCGUGGCAACGACGCGCAAUUGGCGGCAAAGUUAUACGAUGCGUUUGGAGCGAGUUAUGCCGCGUUCAAGUGCACCAAGCUGCAGCAAGGUCGCGGCCAGUUUGCCGUCGUCCAUUAUGCUGGCACUGUCGUGUAUAACACGUCUGGGUUUUGCGAGAAGAACAAGGACAGCGUCCAUCCUGAGGCCCUCGAGCUCCUCAUGGGGUCCGCCUUGCCGUUUGUGAAGGCGCUGUUUGCAUCACCACUUGCACCCGUCGCGACGCACGCCCUUCAACGCAAGCACUCCCACAGCCACUCGUCGAAUGGAUUGCGCAAAGGCAGCCACGGCAGUGCCGGUGCCGUGUCAUCGUCCGUUGUGAUGAAAUUCAAGAGCCAACUCACGUCGUUGCUCGAGUUGCUGCAUUCCACGGUCCCGCAUUUUGUCCGGUGCAUCAAGCCAAACGACACACUGCACCCCGCCGACUUUGACGCGUCGCGAGUUCUCGAGCAACUUCGCUGCAGCGGCGUCCUCGAAGCUGUCAAAAUUUCCCGAGCGGGGUACCCCGUCCGCAUGCCCCACGAGAUUUUCCAACGGGAAUUCCGCCCGCUGCUGACUGGCAACGGCGACUUGGGCACCCAGCUGGCGUCAUUGGCAUCCAACCUCGCGGAACUCGGCGCACUGAAGCAUCCGUUUCAACUGGGGCUCACAAAGGUGUUUAUGGUCCAAGAAGCGUACCAGCACCUUCAUCGCAUGCAAGUGACGCUGCAAGUGGCCGCGUCACGUACGCUGCAGCGAGUCGGUCGCGGUUUCCUCGCACGACGUACCUUCCGACUCGUUCGAUGCGCCGUGGUGCGGAUACAAAGCUGGGCGCGAUCGCAGCGCGCCCAACAACACUUACGAGCUCUCCAGCGGCUGGUGUGCGAGGCCCGCGCCGCCACAACCAUCCAAGCCUGUGGACGAAUGCUUGCAUGCCGUCGUUGGUUUAACCAACACAAGAACGCCGCGGCCAUGCUGCACCGCGUUGCGCGGGGAUUUCUUGGGCGUCGAGCGGCCUCCCGUCGGAAAAUUCUCGUGGAAAAGGCGGCCCGUGCUGCGGAGUUGGUGGCUCGAGCACAGUUGGCCGAAGAGGCGCGACACAAAGCUGCAGCUGAAGCUGCUGCCGCAGUGUUGGUGGCCCCACCCGUCCCAGUCAAACCGCCGACUUCGACGGAGCAGCUUCCUGUCACCAAAGUCCUCGUACCUUUGAAACCCACAGUCGUUCGAGCGGUGUCGUUCGAUGAGUUUAGCGAUUCCGACCACUCGGACGAUGACGGCAGCGGUAGCGGCGCCCCCACCGAAUCCACGUCGUCGUCGCCGUCCCGCGCCUCGACCAUUCCCAAGAUCAACCGAGAAUCCGAGUACGAAAUUACGUGGGAAUGCGGCAUGUUGGGGCUCUACUUUGAAAGCGAUGAGACGACGGGGCUUCCCAUUGUCCGACGGGUGCAUGAGACAUUGAGCACGUGUGCCGACAUUUUCGACGUGAGUCCAGGGGAUGUGCUGCUCUCCGUGGGCCGGAAACCGGUCGCGAACAAUGACAUUCGGCACAUUCUCAAGCUGCUCCAAGAAGUUCCCAAGCCCGUGUCGCUCCGUUUCCAACGGACGCACAAGAGCAUGCGCGAGUCGUCCGCGCUCAUGUUGGACGAGUACGAAGUGCUGUGGCGCGACAGCAUUCCGCUCGGCCUUGGAUUCAAGCCGGACAAGAAGCGCGGCAUGCCGUGCGUGUCGAAAUGCCGGGGGAACCCUCAAAUCCCGGGCAUGUUUAACGUCCGUCUGGGGGACUACUUGACUGCAAUCAACGAAAUAUCGACGUACAAGAUUGACUUUUCACGCGUGAUCACGCUGCUGGAAGAAGGUCCGCGUCCGGUGGUGCUUCGGUUCCAGCGCGCCGACCCCGACGACGUGGACGACAGCAUGUUGUCGCAUCGCGACACGACCAUGAGCAGCUCGUCGAGCGUCGUGAGCCGCGAAAGCGUUCGAGACAUCUUGCGCAAUGGCGACAGCACGGGCGUUCGAUUCAGCGAGCGGGACAGCGUCGCGUUGAGCCGACUGAGUGUCAUGAGUUUGAAUCCCAAGCUCGACGACUCGUUGUACAACAUCACGUGGAAGGAAGAAGACGGCGCGUUGGGCAUCGUGGUCAAACAAGCCAUCUCGAGCUUCUACCCCGAAGUGACCAAAGUCAAACCGGAAGGCGCGAUCUUGCGCCAGCCCAACAAAGUCCACGUCGGCGACCUCCUCGUCUCGAUCAACAACAACAACAUUAGCAAAAUGGGCUUUCGAAACGCCAUGCACUUGCUACAGAUCGGACCCAAGCCCGUGCUCCUCACGUUCCAAAAAAGCGACCGGACGUCGCACGGCGGAGUCCCCGCGAGUAUUUAGAAGUGGCCGUUGCAAUCCAUGUCGUGAUAAUUACAACACCAAGGGUCCCUCCCGUCGUGACACGUUGGGUAAACUUGGUCUGUUGCUGCGUUGACACGGCGACCGAGAGUCGUCAUGCAGAAGCGCUCGUGCAGCGCGGGACCGCGUUGUCAUGGCGAGGACAACGCAACUGCAUUGCGUGGGGAUUCGGUCCCGAGAUCCUUGCGGACGCAUCAGAGUUAUGUCGACGCGCGCACUGCGAGUGCACGGGGUGGCCGAACGACUCCGCCGCGACGUCGGGUUCGCCGAC